AUGAAUGAUAGGGACAAUAUCACAAGUGGUGAUAUUGAUAACCCCAUGGCCCAAUCUACUCAAUCCUUCAAAAUGUUGAAUAUGAGCAGUUUAUCUCGACCAGAAGAGGAAGAUAGAGUUAGUUUAUCUACAAUCACAACAGGAAACUUAUCCAAAUCAAAUUCCAAUUACUUUUUACAUCAACAACAAUUAAAAAUACAUCCUGACUUCCAUUACAAUAAACAUAAUGAAUCUAUAUUUGAUGACGAAAAAUUAUUCCCUUGUUUACCUACAGAAACCAACUCAACCAAUGAUGAAGUAGUUAAGUUCGAUGAUAGUAAUCCUGACUUAAUAAAUUGUGCCACAUUAAGGGCAUUGAUUGUUCAAUUGACAUCUCCUGAAGUAAUCGAUUAUAAUCUUGUGUGUGACUUCUUUUUAACUUAUAGAAUGUUUUCCAAUAGUAAUGAAAUUAUGGAUUUAUUAUUGACUAGACUUAUAUGGGCAUUACAAUAUAUCAAUUCAAAUUCAGAACCUAAUAUCAGAAUUGGGAAACUUGUAUUAUUAAGAACAUUUGUGGUAUUAAGACAUUGGAUUAUUAAUUAUUUCGUGGAUGAUUUCGAUACAAAUAACUUUAUAUGUGAUAUGUUUACCAACACCUUAAAUAAAAUUACAAUAGAAUCAAAUUUAAUCCGACAAGAUGAUAGUCAAUUAGAUCAAGCCACAGUUACAUUUAUAUCUAAGAUUUUGGGUGAUUUGAAAAUACAUUGGUUGAAAUUAAUUGAUGAAUUUUGGAAUUUAAACCUUGAUUUAGAUUCAAUUACUUCCAAUAAAGAUCAAAUUUUACAUUAUCGUCUACCAGAGACAAUUGAAUUAGGUAAACAAAAAUUCCCUAAAUCCAGUACAGAAAUGUCAAUUCAUACAAAUCCUUCCUAUCGUAGAUCAGCCAUGUUAUCUUUGUACGAUUUAAAGACCCAUCAUAAGAUGUUAAUAUAUGACAACAACUCGUCCAGUUCGCUGGAGAAUAAUCCUCAAUUCUCGGUCAAGAAUUUAUUAAUGCAUCAUCAAUCUUCAAGAGUGUCAAUCAACAAUAAACUACAAUCAAUUCAAGAUGGGAAUAAAGCCCGUAAGUCUGGAUUCCACCUUUCAUCAUCUAGAUCAAAGACUCCUCCUCCAAUAGCCAAUGGCACAGACUCGUCCGAACCUCCUGUCACACCAACCAGACCAUCAAGAAAUUGCAACAAUAAUAGAAAACCGGUCAAAUCUCAUAAUUACAUGAACAUUAAGGACUCAGCAUUAGAAUUGAAAAAGACGAAGAACGUACAACAACGACCAGCAUAUCAACAAGUUGACUCAUCGAAUCAAAAUCAAUCUAGUGUCGUCCCAGAAGCUGCAACCACACCAACCAGGAAUCCAAAGGAAGGGUUUUCUACCAAUGGGGACAUAAAAUUACCUUCAUCGAAAAUAACGACAAUUGUACCACCGACUCCUGCCAAAAAGAUGGAUUAUGUGAUUAUAAAUGAUACUACAUCACCUGUAACCACUCCUCAAUCGGCAAAACAACAAUUAUUUCAACCACCUUCAAGAGCUUCUUUUGCCGAAAGUGAUAACUUUUCCACUAAGGGUUCAAUAAAGAGAUUAGUUGAUGGUUGGAAGAAAACCAUCAAACCUGCAGGGCCAAAUUUGAAUGAGUCGAGAUCAACCAAAACAUUGGGUUCAACUUCUCCACACAAUGAAGGUAUUAAUCAUUUGAUAACUAAUGCGAUCAACGUCAUGGCGAAUACCAGUAUUGAAUCCCGUUUUGAUAUCUUAAGUGCCAGAAUCAUUGAUGAAUUAGAAUUUUUGAUACGACAUUAUAUUUCCAGUGGAAGCAAUUCUACGGCAAAUACUAGUACAAUUGAAGAAAAUGACGUAGUAUCGGAUUCACAGAAAGAGGCUGAGAAAAGCAAGGAAGAAUUGGAAUCUCAUAAAUCUAUGGAAUUGGUUGAUGAUGAACCUCAAAAACAACCUGAUUUACACCUGGUGAAUCUAAACAGUGACGUGGAUGUGAAUGAAGCUAUUGAUAUUAAUGAUUUGUCUGAAUUGAACAUCAAGAAAAUAGAUAAUCUCAUCAAUGAUAAUGAUCAAACUCCUCAAGCUAAUGGUGAAUCCAAAGACACAAUAGUCGAAGAUGCAGUAGCUGCUAUUCCAAAUUCAAAUGAUUCUUCUUUCCAAAAUGCUGCAAGUAUAAAUUGGAACGACGAUGGUAAUUUAGACUUGGAAAAUUCUCAUUCUCAAGGUAGAUCAAAUAUUGUAAGUGGAGCUGAUGUUGCAGAUGGUGAUGAUGUUGAUAAAUUAGAGGAUCUUGAUGAUGCAGAAGAAGAAGAAUUGGACGAUUUUAAUUUCCUGAUAAAUCCAUAUCGUGAUAGCCGUGAAUCAGGUGGGUUACGUAGUAUUGAAAAUACUUCUAGUAUUUCUACUCCAAGUAAUAUUUCUCAAUAUGAUGUCGAUAUUGCUGAUUUGGGGAUUAUGGUAAGUCCACAGCGAAGACAAUCGCAAAGAGUGUCAUUUACAGAGAAUUUAUCAACUGGAUAUACGAGAAGGUUGUCAAGAUAUUCUGCAAAUGGAUCUAUGGCUGUCAGAGAGUCGAUUAAAAGUUAUGUGAGCUAUGAUUCUGCAUUUUCAAAGAGCUUACUAAAAUCAUUGGAUUGGCCAGCAAUUGUUCCUACAAGUACAGCUUCCACAAAUGAAACGAAUUCUACUGUAUCUGGCGUACAGCAUUUUGCUCCAAAAUCAAACAAAAGAACGGUAGUGAGAUUAAGUGUAUUAUGUGCCUUAGCUGAGUUACCAUUUAGUCAGGCUAGUCCAACCUCAGAAGAAAUCCCAUCUGUAUCAACGAAUAAUUCUAUAUUCUCAACUACAAUUCUAAAGAAUAGUACCAAUCAAGAUCAUCAAUCUACUACCAGGAAAACAACUGCCAGUCAGGAAGAAUCACUGGCUACCACUGGUUCAACCAAAAAUUCAGUUGCAAUACCAGGCAUAAGUAAUAAUGUACUUAAAGAAUUGGCAGCUAUUCCUGAUGAAUCAUUCCAUUUUACCAAUCCUAUUGAUUUUGCAUUCUUGAAAUUAGAAGGGAAAUCACAAGCAUCAUCAAAGCUGACUUUAUGUGGACCAUCACCAGAAACAGCUCAAACAGACUUUUUACCUGCCGAAGAACAGAAAGAGAAUGAGCCUGAAGAAGAAUUUCAUGAAAAUACCGAAGAUAUCAUUAAUCAAAUCAACCAUAUUGAUACUGAAGAAGCUAUUGGUUUGACAACCUAUGAUAUUUCCCAACAAGAAGAACCAUUAAGUGUUGGAACCAAUGCGUCUAAUCAAGCAGCAGCAGAUCCAUUAACCCCAAUUGGAUCAAGAGAACUUCGUGAAUUAGCGGAUGAAGAUAGCGACCCAGUCACUUCGACUCCUAAUCAUGAUAAUACCAUAACCAACUUUACUCAACCUUUGAGUGGUAUUGGUCGUCUGUCGCCUCGUUAUGAAACUCCACAAAAGUUAUUGGAAGCUUAUCAUCCUUCAAGUCACAUAUUGGCUAUAGAGAAUAUUAUGUAUGAUGGGUCACAUAUUUCAUUUAUUCUUUCUUAUGAUUCUAAAUCAUUGGCUGAACAUUUGACUAUAAUUGAAAAGGAUAUGAUCCAAGAGAUUGACUGGAAGGAUUUAAUUGAAAUGAAAUGGGAAAGAGAUUUGACUCCUGCUACUAGUUGGUUAGAAAUGAUUGUUAAUGAUGUUUAUUUCAGUUCGAAUAGAUCGGUUAAUUUAGUGAUUGCAAGAUUUAAUUUAAUGGUAAAUUGGAUUAUUUCAGAAAUUGUUCUUAGUAUCAAUGAACAAGAAAGGAUAAAUAUAAUUUCCAGAUUUAUUCAUGUUGCUCAAAAUUGUUAUACUUUACAGAAUUAUUCAACUUUGAUGCAAAUCAUAUUAGCAUUAACUGGUGAAAAAGUUCAAAAAUUAAGAAAUACUUGGAGAAAUUUACCACCUGGAGAUAUAUUAAUGUUGAAGAAUUUAGAAGAUAUGUGUCUGCCAGUUAAGAAUUUUAUUAAUCUCAGAUUAUUAAUUAAUCAAAUGACUCCUUCAAAAGGUUGUAUUCCAUUUGUUGGUCUUUAUUUAUCUGAUUUGACUUUCAAUGCCGAAAGACCAAGUAUUAUUAAGAAAGAAGGAAGUAAUAUCCUUUUUGGUACUGAAGAUUAUAUUCUCAUGGAUGAAGAUUUGAUCAACUUUUCCAAAUUUAGGACGGCAGUACAUAUUGUUAAAUCAUUAUCACAAUGCAUUGAAUGGUCUAGUUCAUAUAAGUUCAAGAUCCAACCGGAAUUACUUUCCAAAUGUUUGUAUAUCAAGAGUUUGGAUGAAGAUGAGAUGAAUUAUUGCUUGAGUUAUUUAGAUUGA